UCAAACGGCCAAUAUUAGAGGUAUAAGUGUUUAUUAACUAAGUCAAACGAUUGUAAAUUGUGCUAAUAAGCAUAAGCGCUGACAGUACAAAAGUAGGAAUACCAGAUGAAUUUAAAUUGUGUAAAUAUUGAUGUAAAACAAUUGCGAUAAAUACUCCUUUACUACAUUAUACAUGUAGUCAAGUUAUAAUUUGCGGACUUGACAGUCUCAUUCUGUCUUAAGUUCGCCAUAGUCGUCGCAACUGUUCGGCUCUUGUAUUCACCAUUUUAUGUCUAUAUAGUUUAUUUAAUUAUUUCUUAUAUUGUCCAGUAAAACCUAGAUUGAACAUAAGAGUGUUAUCAAAAUAUCGCUAGUUAAAAAAAUAAGGAUAAAAGAAAAAAACAGAAUCCAAAUAAAUUCGAGAUAAAUAAUCAUUAAUUUUCUCUCACGUGUGUCACAAUCGAAUUUACGCAGCAGAAUUUAUAAAAAUGCGGAUGCUGUCAGUGGUAGUUAUUUCACUACUGUGGCUAUCGGAUUGUAAUGCAUAUCGCUUUCUUGGAGUGUUUCCGUUUGCCGCCAUAAGUCAUUUCGUCUUGCCAGAGAGCUUGAUGAAGAGUUUGGCCGAUAAAGGGCAUCAGGUCGACGUAAUCAGUCCUUUUCCACAGAAGAAAUCCUAUCCAAACUAUACCGAUAUCGCAACCUUGUCAAUACCUAUGGUACGUGAUAACAAUACGACAUAUGAAUUUAUAAUGAAAAUACAACACAGGGAUCUGGUGACUGCCAUCGCGACAGAGGUUGGUAAUAGAGUUUGUGAAGCCUACCUGGGGAAUCCUGUAAUACAAAAACUGGUGCGGGAACCGCCAAAGGAUCCACCCUACGACGCAAUGAUCAUGGAGAUCUGCGCUGCACACUGCUUUGCGGUUAUCGCCGAAUUAUUAAAUAUACCUCUGAUCGGACUCAGCACAACGCCGCUGCUUCCAUGGCAUAAUGACUUAAUCGCUCAACCAGAUAACUUGGCCUUCGUAUCAAACUUCUUUGCAAGACAGGAAUUUCCCAAGAAUGUGUGGCAACGUACCUACAACACUCUCUAUACUCUCUACUGCAAGUUGUACUUCAGUUAUUUCACGAGACCACAAGAUGAGUUAGUGAAGAAGUACUUUGGACCAAAUCUUCCAAACAUACACAAAAUGAACCUAGCAUUGCUUUUUAUCAAUACUCACAUCGCUCUGCAUGGAAUCCAGCCGAUGACACCUGCUAUCGUCCAAGUAGGCGGAAUGCAUAUCCGAGAGGACGAUUCGCCAUUGCCGCAGGAAUUAAAGAAAUGGUUGGACGAUAGUAAAGAUGGAUUUGUAUACUUUACUCUUGGCUCACAGGUGCUGAUUGAAACGUUUCCGCGCAAAAUCCUCGAUGUGUUUUAUGCCUCUUUACGCAAGAUAGCACCUGUGCGGGUUUUGAUGAAGGUACCGAAUCCGGAAAAAUUGCCGGCUGGUUUACCCGAAAAUAUUCGCACGUUCCGUUGGAUAGCGCAACUUAAAGUAUUAAAGCAUCCAAACAUAAGAGCUUUCGUCACUCAUGGCGGAUUCGUGAGUAGCCUGGAAGCGGUUUUCUGUGGUGUUCCCAUGAUCGGCAUGCCACUUUCCGUCGAUCAAGUUAAGACCAUUGAUGCGUCCGUCACGAGAAACGUCGCUGUGAAACUAGACGUCCAUAAAGUUACUGUGAAAGACAUGGAUGCAGCCCUAAACGCGAUCUUGCACGAUCGGCGAUACAUGGAGAAUAUGAGAAAUCUAUCUCAGAGAUUUCACGAUCAGCCGCUGAGCCCUGCUAACACCGCGAAUUAUUGGAUCGAAUACGUAAUUAAAUACGGCAACGAUGUCUUGCGAUCGCCCGCCAUGGAUUUGGCCUGGUGGCAAAUAUACCUCAUCGAUGUGGCCGCGUGUCUUUUGCUUUGCAUAGCCGUCAUUAUUAUCGUUGCAAUGUUCAUAAUGCGUUUUAUGAUGAAAAUGAUAAAUCAUCGCAGAUUGUUGCAUUUGAAAAAGAUUAAAUAUGCAUAUCGCUUUCUUGGAAUAUUUCCACUUCCGGGCAAAAGCCAUUUCAUCAUGCUGGAAAGUUUGGCGAAGGGUUUGGCCGAUAAAGGGCAUCAGGUCGACGUAAUCAGUCCUUUUCCUCAGAAAAAACCCUAUCCGAAUUAUACCGAUAUCGUAAAAUUGACAUCGACUAUGGUAUUCGUGAACAAUAUGACAUAUGAAUUUGUGAUGACGCUGUUAGUGCACAUGAAUCCGGUGAUUCCUGUAGCGACAAUAGCUGGUAACGAUGUUUGUGAAGCUCAUCUGAAGAAUCCGAUAAUACAAAAUCUGGUGCGCAAUCCGCCAAAGAAUCCACCCUACGACGCGGUGAUUAUGGAGCUCUUUGGUGCACAUUGCUUCGCGGCCAUCGCUCAUUUGUUAAACAUACCCCUGAUCGGAGUCAGCACGACGUCGAUGUAUCCAUGGCUUAAUAACUUAAUCGCUCAGCCCGAGAACUUGGCCUUCGUGCCGAACACUCUUGUAGACUUGGAAGUUCCCAUGAACUUUUGGCAGCGUACAUACAACGUCUUUAAUACCUACUACUCCAAGUUGUUCUUCAACUAUCUCACGCGAUCGCAAGACGAUUUAGUGAGGAAGUACUUCGGUCCAAAUUUGCCAAGUGUACAUAAGAUGAACUUGGCGCUGAUGCUUAUUAAUUCUCACAUCGCUCUGAAUAAGAUCCAACCGCUGACACCUGCUGCCAUCCAAGUAGGGGGGAUCCAUAUCCGAGAUGACGAUUUGCCGUUGCCGCAGGAAUUGAAGAGAUGGAUGGACGAUAGCAAAGACGGUUUUGUGUACUUCACCUUCGGCUCGAUGGUGCUGAUCGAAACGUUUCCGCAGAAAAUUUUAGAUGUGUUUUAUACCUCCUUAGGCAAGAUAGCACCUGUGCGGGUUUUAAUGAAGGUACCGAACCCGGAGAAGUUACCGUCUGGCUUACCCAAAAAUGUCUACACAUCCGCUUGGAUGUCGCAGCUGAAAGUAUUAAGACAUCCAAAUGUAAGAGCCUUCAUCACUCAUGGCGGGCUCAUGGGCACCCUGGAAGCGAUCACCUGCGGUGUUCCCAUGAUCGGCAUGCCACUUUUCGCCGAUCAGUUUAAGAAUAUCGACUCGUACGUCACGAAAAACAUCGCUGUGAAGUUGGACGUCCAUAAGCUCACUGAGCAAGACAUGGAUGCAGCCUUGAACGCGAUCUUGCAUGAUCCGCGAUACAUGGAGAACGUUAGAAAUCUGUCGAAGAGAUUCAUCGAUCAGCCACUGAGACCUAUUGACACCGCAAAUUACUGGAUCGAAUACGUGAUUAAAUACGGUGACGACGUGUUGCGGUCGCCCGCUAUGGAUUUGACCUGGUGGCAAUUAUGUCUCGUCGACGUGGUUGCCAAAUAUAAAAUAACAGACAACAGAAUACAAAUAAACAAUACAUUUGAAGUAAGUGAUCGUGAUUUCCCUACCGUGUUUCAAAAUCGAAUUUAUGAAACAAAAUUUAUGAAACCAAAAAUGCGGAUGUUGCCGGUGAUAUUUGUUUGGCUGUUCUGGUUAUCGAUUUGCACUGCAUAUCGCUUUCUCGGGGUGUUUCCCCUUGCAUACAGGAGUCAUUUCGUUAUACUAGAGAGUUUGAUGAAAGGUUUAAUCAGUAAAGGACAUCAGGCCGACAUAAUCAGUCCGUAUCCACAGAAGACACCUUACCCAAACUAUACCGAUAUUGCAAACUUGACAGCGCCUCUAUCACUUGUAAACAAUUUCACGUAUGAGCUUGUGACAAAAGUACAACAGAUCAAUAAUCCAGCGAUUGUGCUCGGAACACUAAAUGGUAAUGAUAUUUGUGAAGCCCAUCUGGGGGAUCCGGUAAUACAAAACCUCGUUCGCAACCCGCCGAAAGAUCCACCCUACGAUGCAAUGAUUAUAGAGAUAUUCGCGGCACACUGCUUCGCGGCUAUCGCCGAAUUAUUAAAUAUACCUUUGAUCGGACUCAGCACAAUGGCACUACUUCCAUGGCAUAAUGAAUUAAUUGCUCAACCAGAGAACCUAGCCUUCGUAUCAAACAAUUUUGCAAAAGAGGGUUUCCCCACAAAUUUAUGGCAGCGUACGAAAAACGUUCUCAAUGUUUUUUACUCCAAGUGGAACUUUAAGUACGUGACGGGGCCGCAGGACGAGUUAGUAAGAAAGUACUUUGGACCGAAUCUUCCAAGCAUACACAAAAUGAACCUGGCAUUGAUUUUUAUUAAUACUCACAUCGCUCUGAAUGGCAUCCAGCCAAUGACACCUGCCGCCGUUCAAAUAGCCGGGAUUCAUAUUCGAGAUGAUGAGUCACCGUUGCCACAGGAAUUGAAGAAAUGGAUGGACGACAGCAAAGAUGGUUUUGUAUACUUCACGUUCGGCUCGAUGGUGCUGAUUGAAACGUUUCCCCGCAAAAUCCUCGAUGUGUUUUAUGCCUCCUUAGGCAAGAUAGCACCUGUGCGGGUUUUAAUGAAGGUACCGAACCCGGAAAAAUUGCCGGCUGGCUUACCCGAAAAUAUUCGCACGUUCCGUUGGAUAGCGCAACUUAAAGUAUUAAAGCAUCCAAACAUAAAAGCCUUCGUCACUCACGGUGGACUCAUGAGUACCCUGGAAGCGGUCUUCCUCGGUGUUCCCAUGAUCGGCAUACCAUUGUACAGCGAUCAGUUUAAAACUGUGGAGAGGUACGUUGCGAGAAAUAUCGCGUUGAAACUGGAUAUCCAUAAGAUUUCUGAAGAAGACAUGAGCGCAGCUUUGAACGCGAUCUUGCACGACUCUCGAUACAUGGAAAGCGCUAGAAAUCUAUCGCAGAGACUCUUCGAUCAACCUCUAAGUCCUAUUGACACUGCAAAUUACUGGAUCGAAUACGUGAUUAAAUACGGUGACGAUGUUUUGCGGUCGCCCGCUAUGGAUUUGGCCUGGUGGCAAUUGUGUCUCGUCGACGUAGUUGCGUGUCUUUUGCUUUGCAUGGCAGCCAUUAUUACCAUUGCAUUGUUCAUUAUGCGUUUUGUGAUGAAAAUGAUAAAUCAUCACAGGUCGUUACAUUCAAAGAAGAUCAAUUAGUCGCACUAAUUCAAAAGAAAUUUUGAAGAAUAUAAAUAGGAAGUAAUUAUUUAUCAGAAUUAUUCUCUGGCUGACGAAACUUUCUGUUAGAAGAUGUAUUAAAAACAAUUCUUUAUACAGGAUGUCUCAAAACUCUGUUACCGCUGCGCUGGUUAAUGACGUAUAGUUUAGACUUAGCUAUAGCUGAGUCGAAAAGUCCUGUACUACUUUGCGAUUUUUGCAAUAAUAACUGAGUUAUUAACGAUUGAUAUUAACGUAUGAGAGCACGGCUCGUGCAGCGAGGCCAUCGGUAGGAGGGCACAGUAAUGCGUGAUGAAGACAGUGAUGCCAGAAAACGUGUGACAAGUCGCGAGACCAUUCCUACUCCAUCCCCACUGCAUGCUACAAAGCACGCGUUCUGGUACCGCUGUCUCAUUGCACGAUACCCAACAACGAGCGCGCGGUCCUUCUACCGACGGCUUCGCUGCACGAGCCGUGCUCGCAUUCAUUUACUUUAAUCGUUUAAUAACUUGAUUAUUAUUGCGAAAAUCGCAAAAUGGUAAAGGACUUUUCGAUUCAGCUAACAAGUAACACUACCCAAGUGUCACACGCCGAUUUUGAUAAGCUUCGAAUAUGUUGUUGUCUAGGUCAAAAU